ACAGCAGAUAUCAUUCGCAGUCUACAAGUUCUCGAGGCGACAGAUUGCUCGUUCUAUUGUCUCAUCGAAGACAAAUGUACCGGAUUCAAUUACAGGCAAAAAAUCAAUGGUGAGUAUGGAAUAAACUGCCAACUGAGCAAGAGGAAAAAGGCAAGAUAUGACGGAAGCUCGUUCGGAGUAUGGACAUAUUAUGAAAGUUUUAUUGAGAUCAACGUAGGAGAUGGCAAAUCUGACCCUUUUCAUCAAAAUGUCACGUGUUCUUCACUUCGCAAGAACUACCCCAGCCUUACCACUGGAAGAUAUCCAAUCAAUCCUCAGAAUUUGAACUCAUCGUCAUUUCCUAUUUUCUGCGACAUGACUUCGAAGGACGGCGUUGGUGUCACAGUAAUCUCGCACGACAGUGAAGCGAGAACUUAUGUUUCAGGAUUUGAAGGAGAAGGUAAGUACGUGAGGAAUGUCAAAUACGAAAUCACUUUGGAGCAGAUUGUCGCAAUCAUAAACCAAUCAAGAAACUGCGAACAGUUUAUUAAAUACGAGUGUCAUAAUGCAAAUCUGUUACACGAGACAUCCUGGUGGGUUUCUCGACAAGGAAAGAAGAUGAAUUACUGGGGAGGAGCAGCUGCUGACAGUGAAAAAUGUGCCUGUGGAAUGAACAACAGCUGUGCAAUUAAAGGUCAGGUCUGUAACUGCUAUAAAAACAAUGGUGUAUCACAUGAAGACAGUGGCUUUCUUAUCGACAGAAGUACGUUACCUGUCACACAGCUGCGAUUUGGAGACACUGGUUCUAAGAGUGAAUACGGUUUUCAUACUCUAGGAAAACUGCUUUGCUGGGGUCGUGAUGGGAACUAAGCAGCCCAGCCUCUCCUAAAGUGCAAUGUGAUUGUACACUGCAAAUAGCCCUUAGAAAAAUGACAACAGUUCUUGUUGUAGAGUA